AGAGCAUCUUAGUUAUUACAAGACUAUUAAGAUUUUCAGUUUUUAUUUACUAAUAUAAUUUGAAAUUUUUAUUUUAAAAAUGUCUAUUUCUUUUAAAGGAAAAGUUGUCCUAGUCAGUGGUGGCAGCUCUGGCUUGGGUGGAGCUACAGCCAAACGUUUCGGAAGAUUGGGAGCCAAUGUCGCCAUUGCCCACAAGAACAUACCUGGAGAUACCAUCGAGGAAGUCGUAGCUGAGAUUUCCAAAUUUUCGACGCCACUGGUAAUCGAAUGUGAUUUGACUGAUUCCAAACAGAUUGAGCACGUUGUUAACCAGACCGUAAAGCAUUUUGGAAAAAUAGACGUACUAGUAAAUGCAGCAGGUAUUUUGCAGAAUGGAUCCAUCGAAAAUACAACUUUGGAAAUGUUUGAUAAAGUGAUGAAUAUUAACGUUAGAGCUAUGUUUGAAAUGAUUAGAGUUUGUACACCUCAUCUGAUCAAAACUCAAGGAGCAAUUGUAAAUAUUAGCAGCGUUACUGGUUUGAGGGCUUUUCCAGGUGUGCUAGCUUAUUGCAUUUCCAAAUCAGCGGUAGACCAACUGACCAGAUGCGUUGCUUUGGAAUUGGCUUCAAAACAAGUAAGAUGCAACAGCGUGAAUCCGGGAGUCAUCGACACCAUUUUGCACAAACGAUCAGGGCUUAAUGACGAGCAGUACAAAGCCUUCUUGGAAAAAAGUAGACUGACACAUGCCCUUGGACGUGCAGGUACCGCUGAAGAAGUUGCUUCCGGUAUCACUUUCUUGGCAAGUACUGAUGCUAGUUUCGUAACUGGAAAUAAUUUCCGAAUUGAUGGAGGACGUGGUAUUAUGUGUCCAAGAUAAAAAAAUAAUUCAGUAUGGAACAUAAACAAUAAUUGUGAACCAAUUUGCAUAAUAAAAAAGAAAUACCUA